AGUUUAAAUGUAAAAUUUCGCGUGAAAUGUUUUAGUCUCUAAUGAUUCUGGUCUUUCAAAAUAUAGAAGCAGAAAAUAAAGAAAAUAGGACAAGAUGUUAAUAAAAUUUGCGAACUUUACAAACCGUUACAAGGUUAUACGUGGGAUGAUAUCCUACGGUUUAUUAUGGCCAACCGGUUGUUUAUUUGAACAAACUUUUGUUGAGAAGCGUACAUUCCAAACAUACGAUUGGGACAAAUGUUUAAGAUACGGUUUAUUCGGUUGCUUUGUUUUGGGUCCCGCCUUAUAUUGUUGGAUACGUGUUGCGAAUACAAUGUGGCCGCGAGCCGAUAUUGGAUCUGCUUUAUGUAAAGCGUAUACCGAACAAAUAGCCUAUGAUCCGUUUGCUAUCACCGGAUUUUUAUUCGUUAUGACGCUGACAGAGAAAGGAAAAACAUUAGAAGAUGCUCAGCGGGAGGUUAGCAUGAAAUUCUUCGAUGCCUAUAAAGUUGGUUUCAUUUAUUGGCCAAUUGUACAAACAUAUAAUUUCGCUUUUGUUCGUCCAAAGAAUCAAGUUGUCGUCUCAUCAAUUUUUAGCACACUAUGGACGGCAUUUUUGUCUUACGUUAAAUACGUGGAACUUCAACGUAAAGAUGGUAAACAUCAUUUCGAUCUAAAGCUGCAUAAAAUUUUCGAUUGGUUCGAAUGAAUAUUGAAAACGAUUUACGAUAAGUUUUUUUUUUAGA